AUGCGUCGCAUUGCAGACAUGAUGCGCCUUCUCGCCGUAGUGGCAUUGGCGGCCGCCGCUCACUCAGCCCCGGUCGAGAAGACUGCCGCGAUCGACGACGUCCAGGCUGGUCUGGCGGAUGCCGUCUCUCGACUGCAAGAUGGCCUCGGUCCUGUUUGCGGAUCCGUUGAGGCUUGUGUGCACGGGCUUGCCAACGGCACUGUGGCGGCUGCCGACUUCUUCGAGGAGCACCUGGACGGUCCUGCCAGGUCGGCGCUGCGCGGGCUCGGCACCGUGGUUGCUGCGGCGCUCCACAAGGAAGAGGUCGAUCUGGAGCGGAUCGUGGAUGCCGUCUAUCCGGCGCUGCUCUCCGCGGAAUUUCAGCUGACCACUCACGCACAGUAA